AACACUUUCAGUGUGGAACUUCACAACACUUUCAGUGUGGAACUUCACAGCGUGACAGCAUCCUUUGAGUUGGACAAAAAACACAAGACAGAAAUGGACUCUUCAACCAAAUUGCAGGGGAGAACAAGUCAAGGAGGAGACUACGACCUAAGCGUAACACAGGGGAAAACAUGGCAAGGUGUCAGCACGCAGGACCAAAUCUUACAGAGGAAGACAUGUCAGAGUCGUAGCAAGCAAAGGGAAGGCAGUAAAUCUAAGUCAGGGAAUCUGAAACACGACAGCAAGAAGUACACUCCUGAAAAUGUCAAGUCUCAUGACAAAUGCAGGAAAAUUGUGCAUGACCAAAUGCUAGAACUAAGGAAAAAAGAAGCUGCCAGCAAGGCUCUCAUUCAGGAAAAACUACUUAAAGACAUGGCAGAGAAGGAGCAUGAGAGAAAAACUCUCGACCAACAACAGCGGGAGAAAGACGCUUUGAUGAGAAAGGAUCUGCCUGCCUAUUGGCAAGACCAGAUUCAAUACAAAAAGGAGAAGAAGAGGAAAUUGGAUGAGUUUGAAAGGAAAGAAAUGCAAACGUUGGUGGAAUUCGACAGGGUGUAUAAAGCUGAGCACUCUACAAAGAGUAGAGAAAAAACUUCUGAGUUGAGUGACGCUAACUCCAACACGGACUCUCGAAAAGAAAAACGUGACCCGCAGUCGGACAGACCUGGUUCACACGCAAAGGAGCAGAAACCCAGCAGGAAUGAUAAAACUGUAGUUGACGUAAGCACGCAGGACCAAAUCUUACAGCAGAAAAACAUGGAAAAAGAUGAGGCUGAAAGGAAAGAGGGGCAAGCCAACAGGUUCAGUAAGGAGAAUGAAGAUUUUGUCAAAGGAACGCUGUGAGGCUGAACGCAAGGAGAGGCGCUACUUACUUGAAGUGGACAGGUUGCAUGAAAUUGAAAACCAGAAAAACAUCGAGCUGCAGAGGAAAAAACAGAUGAUUUACAGGGAAAAGGACAUCGCUCUAAUUCCACAACCUUGCACUUUGUUACAGAGAAGGCACAAUUCAGCCAAAAGACCCCCACCAUCCCCUGAAUCCCCUGAACCCCCUAAACGUAAUAGGAUUGUAUUGGAUGGAAACAGCACUGCCAGUAAAAAGACACCUUUAAAACUCCCACCUAUUGAACCUUGCACUUUGUCACAGAGAAGGCACAAUUUAGCCAAAAGACCCCCACCAUCCCCUGAAUCCCCUGAACCCCCUAAACGUAAUAGGAUUGUAUUGGAUGGAAACAGUACUGCCAGUAAAAAGACACCUUUAAAACUCCCAGCUUGAUGGCCCUGUAAGAAAACCCUCAUACGGCCUUCGAACUGAGCAAACCUAAGAGGUCUGUAUUGAGGGACAACACUGGCAGUAAACAACAAUCUUAAAAAUCCCACCUAUUGAUGGCCAUCCGGUUUUCCCUGGGUGCUCCGGCUCCCCCUAUAAAAAGCCCACGGCCUAGAUAUUAGGACUACAGAAACCAUUAAAGGUUCCUAGUUGUGUGGGCCUCUCUAAAACACGGGUUUUCUCCGGGUGCUCCGGUUCCC